AGACCCUCUGAGACCCGCUGAGACCUGCUGAGACCCUCUGAGACCCGCUGAGACCUGCUGAGACCCGCUGAGACCUGCACGCCUCUGAGCUUUCAGCAGCCCAUCAGACCAGGACCAGGUCUGUCUCAGAAACCUGUGAACCGGAUCACGUGAUCAGAGUCUGAACCAUCACUACAGGUGACUUCUGGUGUGGUUCUGAUCCAGUUCUGACCCGGUUCUCUUAUGUUAAGACAGAAAUUCCCACAGACUUGUUGAGAGGAAGUGGACUCUGAAGCGUCCACACGUUGUUUUCUUCUUGACUUCCUGUUUCCUUUUUCACUUUCAGUCAUCCUCCUCCUCCUCGUCUUCAUCAGGAUGAAGGACCGUUUGGCCCCGCCCCCUCAUGAAAUAAUCAGAACAAUUAAAACUUGUAUCAUGAACUUGAUGUUGGAGCUCCCUGAACUCUGGACAGGAUCUGUUUAUUUAUCUAAAAAUUAAAACUAGGAGAGAAUAAAGUCCUGUUUCUGUUCCAGACUUCAUCAGGUUCUCCUUGUUUGGCCUCAGAGUCGAGGGUUUGAAUCCCGACUCUGAACAGGAAGAAGUUCUGUUGAAUAAAUCAUCUCAUCCAUCAGGGAUUAUAAGUUUUUGAUCCAGAAUGAAAAGAUAAAAUAGUUUAGAUCCUGUUUUUUAUUUUGGUUUUCAUCAGUUUGAACCUUUUUUUUUAUAAAUUUUGUUGUUUUAUGAAAAACACAUUUUCACAGUUUUAAACUGCAACUCUGAGAGUUUUCACUGUUUAAAACUUUAUUUUCUGUUGAAACAGUCAGUCUGAGCAGAAACGUCUUUGUUUGGUAAAUAAUUACAGAAAUAAUCAGAUUAGUUUGAGUUAAAUUGACUUUAAACUGAAGUAAAGCAGCUGCUGUGACUCAGGGUUUAGAUGGGUUUCAGUGGGCGGAGUCAGUGUGUAAGCCCCGCCCCUGCAGUAUAAAUGCUGCUGCUGCUCUGCAGUCCUCAGUCUUCAUCAUGUCCUCCUCAGAGAUGCAGACCUUCAUUAACGGUUCUGAGACUAACUUUAGUGGAGCUCAUGACUGGACCAACGUCUACAAGGCCGUCAGCUGGAUCCAGCUCAGCAUGGCUCUGCUCAGCAUUCUGGGGUCCAGCUCCAUCAUCCUGUGCCUGCUGUCCCAGAGACUGAGCCAGAAACCAGAGCUGCAGCCUCUCUUCCUGCUCAGUGUAGCUGAUCUGUUUCUGGCCGUCUGCUGGGUGAUCGGAGCCGCAAUCUUCUUCCAGCCCUGCGGCCACCUGAACACACACUGUUACAACCUGCACACUGUGGAGCAGAUCCUCUACAUGGCCUCCUUCUUCUACACCCUGAACUACGUGUGGAACCUGUUCACCACCACCAGAGACAAAUACAGCAGCUGCCUCUCUGGGUACUCUGUCCAGUUUUCUAACAGAGUGAGCACUCCGGCUAAAAUCAUAUCUCUGCUUUCAUUUGUGUUACCUGUGCUGCUGAUGACACCUGUAUUCAUCCAGGGUAACCUGAGUUACUGUCAGGCCAACCUGACUGAGCCGUACAGGUGUCUGCUGAUGCACACAGGUGCGUUGUACCUGACCUCAGCGCAGCAGCUGAGCUCCACCUGCCGCCUGCUGCACAACUACCAGAUCCUGGUCUUCCUGGUCACCUUCGUGCUCACGCUGCUCAGCAUCACGGUUCUGGUGGUGAAAGCCCGGCGGAUCUACAGGCGUGUUGUGACCUCCAGCGGUUACCUGGGCACCGAGCAGCGGGCCUCCUUCCACCUGCUGGACCGGAGGAUGGUCCUGUACCCUCUGAUCUUUGUCCUCUGCUGGGGUCCAGCGGUGUCGCUGGCCUUCCUGAGGGUGGCCAAGCCCACAGCGGGUCACGGCAGAGCGGGGGUGGUCCUUUACAUCGCUCAGGCUCUCACCUCGGCCUCUCAGGGCUUCUUCAACUGUCUGGUCUACGGCUGGACCCGGGUCCACCUGCGCAGAGCCGGUCUGACCGUUUUGUCUCGAGAAGUGGACUCCCGGAGUCCUCUGCUGCAGAUCCCACAGAACAGGAUCUACCGGACCAUGAGGACCAUGAGCUGAGACCGGCUCAGAACUGAAGGACCGGCUCAGAACUGAAGGACCGGCUCAGAACUGAAGGACCGGCUCAGAACUGAAGGACCGGCUCAGAACUGAAGGACCGGCUCAGAACUGAAGGACCGGCUCAGAACUGAAGGACCGGCUCAGAACUGAAGGACCGGCUCAGAACUGAAGGACCGGCUCAGAACUGAAGGACCGGCUCAGAACUGAAGGACCGGCUCAGAACUGAAGGACUAAGA